AUGAAAUCAUAUGCCGAGUAAGUAUAAUUUUGAAAUAUCCAAAACCUUAGAGUUCGGUUAUUAACAUUUAGACCAAUAUACCAGCAUUCAAAAAACGUAACAGCAGAGUACGGAGAAGAUAUUCCGAUUUUGUCAUAUUCAGAAAGCUUUUGGAACAAGAAACUACUAGAGUUAUAAUACCGCCAUUACCGGGGAAGAUUUUGCUUAAUUCCAAUAAGUUUAACGACCUUAAUAUUGAGAAAAGAAGACAAGGUUUAGAAAAAUUCCUAUCGAUCGUUAGCGGGCAUCCGUUGCUACAAACAGGGUCUAAAACAUUAAUUGAAUUUAUUCAAUCCGAUAAAUGGGAGCCAAGAGGCUACUACUAA